GCCCUUCCCACGGUGGCGCACGAUUUACAGUUGUCCGAUACCAUACCCGUACAUUAGCUUACACCUGAGCGGAAGAUGUCAUGUCGGGGGUUAGUCCAAAGUGACAAGAUUGUGUGUUUUGCUGUAAGGCCACCAGAAGAAAGGAAAUGGCGACGGUGAACAGCUGCGACCCAGUGCCAGGUGCUAGGAAAGCGAAAUUCUGGCGAUACUUCUUCGUCCCGUCUGCACGAUCAGCUGGUGAUCUACUCGACCCGUGCGCGACGCUAUCUCGUAUAAAUAUCUGAGAAGACGGUGUGCUGAAACUGACACUCGGAUGAUUUUCAGGCUUGCCACGUUACUGCCAGGAGGGUUGUAGUUCGCUUGUAUUGCCUUACGACAUUCCGGUAGCCUCGACCUUUAUAAUAAUAGUAACAUACAAGUAUUUUGCUAAGUUUCAGAAGAAACCAUAAGUUGUAUUGCAUGUUCAUAUCCCCUCCAUUGCAGCCUAUCUACAGAUUGUCAUCGUCUACACCGAAGUACGUUGCAGUGAACAAACACGGAUAGGCAAGCUAUGCAGUACGUCGCAGUGUGUAUUCUUGCCUUUGCCAGCCUUGGUAUCGCCUUGGUGGUGGCGACACCACGAGCGCGCCCUCUCACCAACGUAGAAGAACUUUCCGAAUCGACCGGGCGUCAGCUUAUACAAAGAGUGCAAGGAGAGCGCUUCCAUCAACACGUCCGAGCUCCCGUCACUCGGCGUUUGCAAUGGCUGGACAUGUUGCUAGGCAAGUACAUGCUAUCGAAGCGUGGAAGGCCCAAAGAAGUCAAAACACUGCAGCUUUACGUGGAAUCGUACGGUCGAACUCCAGCGGCAAAGGGUGUAGCCGUUGGUUGUGGACUUACUCCAGAACGGGCUUGUGCCACUGUGUCCGAUGCACUGCGGGCCUCCAUCGAGCUGAAAUCACCUCCGACACUUGUUAUCAACCUCAUUGGCAAUCCUAAAGAUGGCUGCUUGAUUUCUGCUGGCCAGACAAGGUUGGAAGUGGUGAUAGAGAGGGCAGUAUCGCUGCAAGUCAGAGCGGCCAACAUCAAAGGCUGCAAGUACGCCAGGCUGAUGUACAUACCGGGAUUUCUCAGGCUCUACGGUGACUACACGCUGCAAAGACAAAGUGUGUCUCUGGAGAGCCUGCUUUUCGAGCGGGCUGAGGCAUCUCCACCAGGUCGCAAGCUUUCAUACUCCGUGCUGACAUUCGCCUCAAACCCGCAUUCUAACGCCUCCAAUAGCUUGGCCAUCUCACUUCGAGACUGUGCUUUCAAGCUCACUGAUGACGUAGGCGCCGUGCAGGUGGUCAUGAAAAACAACGAAACACUUCACGUGACCCUGUCACAGUGCAACUUCACAGGAGUUGGCCUUCGCAGUACAGGGGGGUCGAUGGUAUCUUCACACAGUGUAUACAUCUCGAGCUUCAGGCGCACGAGAAUCGACAUUUCAAACAGUCGCUUCACCAAUCUGUACAGCGCAACGCGUAGCUGGUCCUUCUAUAGACAAGCGAUAGUUCGACUCUCUACAGGAAAGCAACCACCCAUUCCUGGGGCCGUUCACAUCGUCAACACCGUGUUCGAGAAAUGCAUCGCGAAUCACCUAAUCGACAAUCAGGGCUUUGACUUACGAGUGCAAAGUAGCAGCUUCCUCAAUAAUCUGCUCAUCAGCGACGCAAUACAGACAGACUACGAAAAGUCUCUGAAUGUCAACAACUGCGUAUUCCUAGCAAACCAACUUAAAGGCCGAAUGUCUGCUGAGAUAUGCUUCGGUUCCUUAGAGAAAGAACUUCCCGACAAAAAGCUCCCAACGCGCGUGAUGCGAAUCGAAGGGAACAGAUUCGAGCGCGUCUUUCCUGACGGGAUGGAAAUGACGCAUUUUCAGCGCUUCACUAUCGUCGGCUACGGGCGCCACCGACCAGGAAGUCGAAGGCCAUUUGAUGUCGUGCAGCUCAGCAAGAACGAGUUCAUUCAUUCGACCGUGUACGCUAGAGCUAGUGCUCCGGUGAUUCGCACUAACAAUGUCAACUUCAAGAUGGUGGAUAACAUAUACAGGAUUGGACGUAAUGGAACGGCGGAGACAAUGACCGUGAAGGGCAAGUGGGAUAACACAUUCGGAAACCCACCACCCAUAUUCGAUAAAAGUCCGUUCUAAACUUACAUAUAGAUGAUUGUACAGUAAAGUAAAACCUGGAAGUAAAGACUACCGUGACUGGCGACCAGCCUGCUACUACAGACCACCGUGACUGGCGACCAGCCUGCUACUACAUCCCACUUCGCCGGGCACGGACGGUCUCGUAUUCACCUAUGGUUGUGUGCAUGGCGUAAACCUCUAACUAAGGACCACCUGCAACUAAAGACCGGUUUCUCAGGACCCAAGGGGUGGUCGUUAGUUACAGGUUUUACUGUAUUCGUAUUUACAUCAUGUUUGUCGCUGUUGGUGGCCAUUGCUAUUUUAGUCAGCCAUUAUCUGUUUUAUUGUUUCCACGCAAUCUCUCCAUCAUUCUGUUUCCAUUCCUCGUUUGCCGCGUUUUCAGUUUCAUUCCAAACAAUACAUUGCUGGGUUAGCCAAUGACCACUUUACGUGGCGAUUGCAGGGUUUUUAUAGCCAACCACGGCUUGCAGAAUGGCCACAUUUCGAAAUUUACAAUUCAUCUUUUCAGGUAAUUGCGAUCAGUCAAUUUUACAUCCGGUAUCUUUGUCUACACACUCUAUAGAUAGCCAUUUCUUCCGCAGUUGUGGUAAGUUGUGGUAACAUUCCUUUGUUGCCUAGUGAUAUCACGCUCAUCAUUCACUCCCUCAUCACUGGACAGUUCUGUCCGUUUGGUUUUGCCAAACCAAAUAAAGAAACCAACUACAAGAA